UAUCUAACACCACCACAAACCAUUCUAUACGCAAACGCUUCCUUUUAUCGUCGCAAUUAAUUGAUUACUUAAAAAAGCAACCAAUUCUUAAAAUUUAAAAGUAAAGUUAUUCUUAUAUAAUAAUCAAUCUCAUCGCCGUCUUUGAUCCUUGACCAUCGGCAGUUAAGGUUUCCAUUCCGAUUCAUAUAACGGCUACCUUCUUUCAGCUACAUAGUGAAACAAGCUCUCUUUUAAAAAAAAAAAAAAAUGAGACAUAGACACAUAUCCAACCCAUUCACAAGAUCUGGAAACGACCAACAUGGCAACAACCAUACGCCGCUGACAGAACCACCUUACUUCCCUACGGGAAGGGGUAUUGCUCCAGAGAAUGGUCCUUUUGUUGGUCAAAUGAAUCAUAUGGCAAGAGGGGGAGUACCUGAAGGCAGGGCAAACGAAUAUGUUUCAUCAAGUGUUGGCAUGGAUAUACAGCCAUAUGUACCACGCCCUCCUACUGAACCAUACUCAAAUUCAUCAAUCACAGAAAAUAGAUCUCUGGUACCAGUUGGGCCUAUUUAUUGUACUAACUAUGAUGUUCCAAGUAUGCGUGAUGUGAGCAAUGGAGGUUCGCAUAAACGAAAAAGGUCAGAUAGCUUCUAUAGUGCUGGAAGUUCAUCAAGUUCUUCUCAGAUGCCCAUGGAAAAAGAUUGUCAUGGUGUACCUCCGUAUAGGGGCAGCCUUACAAUUCGUGAUGAAGAUUCAUCUAGGAAUGUGAGACGUAGAUAUAGAAUCGAUUUGGAACCUGGCAUGACAAGACCUCUUGUACCAAGUCGUUCUCAGUUUUACCAUUCAACCCAUGGUCAACAUUCCAAUCUAGAUGCUAAUUGUGGACACUGGAAUAGUGCUCCUGAUUAUUCCGCUUCCUCUCACAGAAGGAUCUUGCCUUCAGAUAUUAAUGGGCCGAGACAUGAGAUGAAUCAGUUCCAUAUUGGAGGGAGUUCCUCUGAUGCUGGUGCCGCCCGCCACCGUGAUUCAUUUUUCAGCAGACCUCCUAUUUCUUCCUUGCAUGGUCCCCAUCCUCCUCCUGUGAGAGAAGAUUCUGUGAUCAACCAUUCCCGAAUAGCCGAGCCUUCAUAUGGUAAUGGCUCAAGGUACCCCCACUAUACACAUGGUGCUAAUUCAGCAAAUGGACUGCACACACCACCAGAUAGUUUCUCUUCUAGAAAUUCAAGGCAUUAUUCUCCUAGAGGAUGGCGCGGUAGUUACAGGAGUGGGAGGCCGAGGUUAACUGUUGACAGAUUCCCACAUGCUCUUGAUACAAGUCCAACAGAAUCUCAUGAUGGAAUGGGACAUGAGGCCAUUAUGAUGGUAGAUCGAGCACCCUUCUAUGGUAGUUCCAGAAGCUUCUCAGAUCAAUAUAGAGAUUUAAGGCUAGACAUCGACAACAUGAGUUAUGAGGAACUGCUUAAUCUCGAGGAAAGGAUAGGAAAUGUUAGCACGGGCCUGUCCGAAGAUAGCAUAUCCAAGUGUUUGAGCGAACAAGUUCACUGUUCUUUGGACCAAAGCAAUGAGGAAGUUUCUUGUCCCAUCUGCCUGGAGGAUUACAAAAAUGGAGAUAAGAUUGGAAUGAUGGAAAAAUGCAAACAUGCUUAUCAUGUGGAUUGCAUCAAGAAAUGGCUGUUGAUGAAGAAAGUGUGCCCAAUAUGCAAAACCGAAUGCUCAAAUUAAGAACCAAGCGAAGGGUAAUCCUCGUUGCUUUUGAAGUUGUAAAUUAUAAAUAUGAUCACCUACACAUUGACUUGUACAUAGUGUAAUUAUGUAGUUCAAUAUUUUGCUGCUUGUGUUUCAUUUAAUAAACAAUGAUGCUACUAGUUUUAAGUGUAAUUAAAGCUAGUUGUAGAUCAUGUUAGGAACCUCAGUUGUUGAAAUAUAAUUUGUGUACAAAAGGAAACAUGGGAUGAUAGGAAGGUGAUUGUUGUUUCUUUUUAUUAUUAUUGAAUUACACAUCA